CCCCUCCCUCUUCCUCUCUGUCUCUGCUAGGUGCAGCAUGUAUGUGAGCGUGUGUGAGCCAGCCGAGCUGCCCGUGUGUUUACAUGUCAGCCUAUCAGUGCUGCUGGAUUUAGCGCAUCUGGAGAGGACGGAGGCAUUUCUCAAAUGCCCCUCAGACGACGGAUCCUCAUCGCUGCACGAACCCCGUUUUUCCGUCUGAAUCUAGACUGUUUUCAAUCCCGCAAUUCUGUCUCUGUGCUUUCGGAGGCAUUUUGAAUUUCCUUGGCAACAUGGAGCUGCCUGAAUUAGAAUUCUCUGCAUGACAGUCCUGGUAAGCAGUAGGAUGGUGUCUGGGGAGGCAGGGGGGCACAGCUACUUGGUGGCGUGCUGGCAGCCCAUCCUGAUCCUGAUGCUGGGCACCGUCCUUUCAGGCUCCACCACUGGUUGUCCAUCCCGAUGCGACUGCAACGGACAAGAGCGUUCGGUCGUGUGCCACCGACGGAGGCUGGCGGCCCUUCCUGAGGGCAUCCCCACCGAAACAAAGCAGCUAGAUCUCAGCAAGAACCGUCUGAAAACUCUGGGGCCCGAAGAGUUCAUUAAUUACCCUCAGCUGGAAGAGCUGCAACUAAAUGAAAACACUAUCUCAAGCAUCGAGCCUGGAGCUUUUAGCAACCUCAUGAACCUACAAACUCUGGGUUUGCGCAACAACCAGCUGAAGCUCAUUCAGCUGGGGGUGUUCACAGGCCUGACCAACCUCACCCAGCUGGACAUUAGUGAGAACAGAAUUGUCAUUCUGCUAGACUAUAUGUUCCAGGAGCUAUACAACCUGAGGGCUCUCGAGGUUGGUGACAACGACCUAGUAUUCAUCUCACCCCGAUCGUUUCAUGGCCUCAGCAAUCUUGAAAGCCUCAGCAUUGAGGGAUGCAAUCUGGCCGCGGUGCCCACUGAUGCCCUUAGCCAUCUGCAUAACCUGUUGUCACUUCGAUUGCGCUAUCUCAACGUCACUGUCAUAAGGGAUUACUCUUUUAGGAGGCUGUAUCGGCUCAGAGUGCUGGAGAUGUCCCAUAUGCCUGCUUUGGAUAACAUGACCCCAAAAUGCUUGUUUGGACUCAACCUCACAUCGCUGUCAAUCACAAACUGUAAUCUUACUGUCAUCCCCUACGAAGCCAUCAGUCACCUGAGAUAUCUCCGGUUUUUGAAUCUAUCUUUCAAUCCCAUUCACACUAUUGAAGGGAACCAACUGUUCAACCUGCAGAAGCUCCAAGCUUUUCAUUUAGCUGGUGGGAGGUUAGCUGCCAUUGAGCCCUAUUCAUUCCGAGGACUGAACCACCUCCGUGUACUCAAUGUAUCGAGCAAUAGCUUAAGCACCUUAGAGGAGUCCGUCUUCCACUCGGUGGGAAACCUGGAGACCCUGGCGUUAUAUGACAACCCACUGGCCUGUGACUGCCGCUUGCUUUGGGUCUUCCGCCGGCGGUGGAGGCUUAACUUUAACAGACAACAGCCAACGUGUGCUUCACCUGAGGUUGUACAAGAAAAAGAGUUUAAGGAUUUCCCAGACAUUCUUCCUUCUAACUACUUUACCUGCCAGAAAUCAAAGAUCCUAGAUUCGAAGGUUCCAGAGCGCCAUGUAGAUGAAGGAACUACAGUUCAUUUCGCAUGCCAAGCUGAGGGAGAUCCUGUCCCUGUGAUAAUGUGGCUGUCCCCUAAGAAAGAAUACAUCACUACCAAAACUGCAGGGUCAAGACUUUCUGUGUCCCACGAUGGCACGCUGGAGGUGCGUUACGCCCAAAUCCAGGACAACGGCACCUACUUAUGCAUAGCAAGCAAUGCAGCAGGCAACGACACCAAAGCUGCUCACCUUUUUGUGCAUAGCUACUCCCCUAACUGGCCCCACCAGCCAAACAAGACAUUUGCCUUCAUUUCUAACCAGCCCAGCGACGAAGGCGCUAAUGUGACCCGGGCCACAGUCCCAUUUCCAUUUGAUGUAAAGACACUUAUCAUUGCAACCACCAUGGGAUUUAUCUCUUUCCUUGGAGUUGUCCUCUUCUGUCUUGUAAUAUUAUUCCUGUGGAGCAGGGGAAAAGACAAUACUAAAUCAAGUAUAGAGGUUGAAUAUGUGCCACGUAAAGAGGAAACAGAGGAGGCCAGUCCAGCUGAGGAACCCAUACAGUUCAACAUGAAAAUCAUGUAAACCUCAAGAGCUCACACAGCAGUCGAGAUGCAUACGAUCCUCGCUUCUGCCAUGUACUCGGUUACUGAGCGAUAGAAAUUGCACAGCAGCAAACGCAUCUUGACACUACAGUAUACGUUAGACAUUUUUUGUACUUCAGGGACUUAAUCUUUAAAAACAAAAUGUUGAAUUUCAAACAAUUUCUGUAAAUUUAUAUUGGCAAUACGCAGUCGGUAUGUUAACAUGCAUUCAGUGGCCUGAUUGUGGGACACGAUCAAGUUAUUCUUCUGAAUAAACAUGAUACAAAUAACUGUGCUGAAGGAUGUCACCAUCCUUAAGAAAUCAUUUUUAUAUCGGCACAGCUUUAGAGAAACAAACAGAUUAUUGAGAUCUUAUUGUAGAUUUGUCUUUUACUUCUUGGGACCUACAGUACAAGCACAAUAGUGUAAUCCUAUAUUAGUACCCAGGUUCUGGGAUCCGCAGAUGAAAGCAGUUCCUCUUUCUUUUGCUACAACCCUAUACUGAGAAUCCUUUAAAGAAAUAAUUAGUAACCCGUUGAGAGUUGUAAGUACUUCCUUAAUCUGGUAACGGCUAGAAGCGUGCAUGUUAACACACUGAUGACGACAUAAUCAGUCAGUCCCACAGUAUGUGCUCCCUCUUGCCAGCAAAGUUUGUCAUAAAUGUAUUGACAUGUUCAGCUAUACAUAUUUUUUCUGUACUUUAUUCUUUCCUUGUACAUUAUGCUAUUGCACAAUAGUAAUGCUGUUAAUGGCUGUGGGUUUUGAGCAUAUACAAUCUAAAGAGCAGAUUAAAUAUUUGGUAAACAUGUUGUGAUGUAACUAAACCAAAUGAGAGUAUUAUUGCUGAGUGUAAAAAAGUCCUUUUGAAAGUCAUCUGAUCAAUUUAUCAUUAACUAUAACAAAGCUGCUUUGUUUACCCAUUUGGCAGUUCAAUAAGCACGGCCAGUCUGUCCAAGUCCUCGGGUUAUGUUUUCACUGAUCCAUCUGAAACUGUGAGACAUUCUUCAUUUGUUGCCUAAAGUAAUCUACUUUCCAGCUUUCCGUUGUACAAUACCCAACAUUCAUGUGUAAAAUAGAGUUUAAUGACUCAUAAGGAUUUUAUGUUGUCUAAUUAAUUUCACAGACAUCUCUGCUCUGAUCUGCUCUGAAGAUAAUGUGUUCAUCAACUCUUAAUUGUUGGGCAGAUGAAAAUUCUAUUAAAAUGAAUACCAUUUUA